AUGAUCGCUGGCUCCAUAGCUGCCGUCCUGAACGCCUGGUUCCGCGUGGCGAGUCCGUCGUUGACGAUCUGCCUGUUCUCGGAGUUUGCUAUAGGAAUUCGCUUGGGUAUGCAAAUUGGCUCCAGCCCCAUUGGGCUUGAGUGUCAUGGACAAAAUCCUGCCAUCGGCCUGAGACUUAUUUUAGCAAACUUGUACCAUUCACCGGCUACGGCACAAUCUUACCUUCUGGUUGUGGAAAUUUGCGACCGCGUUCUCCGCCGUCCACUUGUCUUGGAAGGCAAACUCGGCCGUGACAUUUGGGCUUUGCCCAGUGACUCGGCAACUGAGCAUUGGUUGUCGGAUGGUCGCCUGGGCAUUCCCAGACUCAAGCGCACUCAGAAGACGUUCGGCAUUGUGCUGCUUCUUAUUUGCGGGGUUGCGCGCGUGCGCGCAGAUGCGACUGUGGCGGUAGCUGGGUUAGGAUUGGGCUUAUUGGUGUGGUUCGGACGCGAAGAGGUCGAAGCGGAGCGCUACAUGACAAGGAGGAAAUUGUCAGAGAUUCUUCGUCUUCAUGCGUCCGAGAUCUGGGACGAUGGGUCUGAAUAUACCUUAGGCAAACCGAUCCGGCUGGCCAAGCUCCCGGGUUUCGCGGUCGGUGUCUUGCUCACCGCUCCAGGCCCUGGUGCACUUGCGCGUCGAUCCUUCUUAUUUCUGUUCUUUCCCAAGAGUUGA